AUGGAGCCACCGACGAUGCUUCCUUUGCGAAUGUUGUUGUCGAUGGAGCUAAUCUUGAGGAUGAAAGAUUUGUUGAAUGUUGCUGUCGAUGGCGGCCAUAUAAUAGAUUUAGGUUUUAAAAAUAUUGGGUUGGGUUUAAAAAAUUGGGAUUUUUUAAAAACAAAAAUUGAGAUGUUUAAGUUUUUAGGAAUCAACUUGUCGGCUAGAGAUAAAGAUUUUUCUACAAAAACUUCGAAGUUCAAGUCUCGUGAGGAAUUAUUAGAGUGGACACAAAACACCGCACGUUCUUUAGGAUAUGUCAUUGUUACUAGAAGAUCAAAGGCAUAUGGGAACGGCUUCGUGCAUACAGUCAUACUUAUAUGUGAUCGUGGUAGAGAGUAUAAACCUAAAGAGUAUACAAGUAGAGCAUCUGGAAGCAAAAAGACUAAUUGUCAAUUUCAAUUGGAAGGAAAGUAUUCAAAAGAACAUGAUAAAUGGACGCUACGGGUAAUAUGUGAUGAACAUAAUCAUCCACCGGCACAACAUAUGGAAGGUCAUCCAUUUGCAAGACGGUUAUCAGUCGAUGAGACUCGUUUGGUGGCUAAUUUAACAAGAAAGAACGUGGCGCCACGUGACAUCCUGUCAGCAUUGAAGGUUCAAAACGAAAACAAUGUGUCGACAAUUAAAACAAUAUACAAUGCACAACAAAAGAUUCGGAUGCACGAGCAAGCAGGAAGAACUCCAAUGCAGCAUUGCAAUAAAAGUAUCACGUUGGAAGAUGAUCGACGCUCUUUUAGAUCAUUAUGGAACUUACUAAUUGAUUCUCCAACAUUGAUGGAUUACACGAAAAACUACAUGCGACUUCAAUCAAUGUUGAUAAAAUAUCCACGUGUUUUGAAAUACAUAGAAGAUACUUGGUUGAACAACUACAAAGAAAUGUUUGUAUCUGUUUGGAUUGAUCAACAUCUUAAUUUUGGAAACAACACAACCAAUAGAUUCGAGAGUGCACAUGCCAAUUUAAAGAGAUUUUUGGACUCUGCAAGUUCUAAUCUCGAUAGAUUUGUGCAACGAAUUAAUGAAAUUGUGCAAUCACAACUCACUUCAAUCAAUGAAAGCUUUGAGAAAAGCUUAAUUUUCCGAUAUAAGCAUCAUAAUUUGUACUGCUUCGGGUUACUAAGAGGUUCUGUUUCAAACGAAGCUCUUGAUAUAAUAGUAGGAGAGCUCCAAAGGUUAAAUGUGUCAAAGUUAGACUCCUCAAAUUGUGGUUGCAAACUCCGUACCAGUUGUGGGUUACCAUGUGCUUGCAUGCUUUCUGUUUACUUAAGCUCAGGUGAAGAAAUACCCUUGGAUUUAAUAGAUAUCUUUUGGAGAAAGCUUAGUAUUUCUGAUACGAAGCCUGAAAAAAAAAGGCAAUAUUUGUUGCGACGAUGA